AUGGAAGUUGAACUUACGUACGUUUUCUCUCUCCUAGUGGUGAUUGGUCUUUUGUAUCGCUGGCUGAACAAAAACCAACAUUAUUUUCGCGAUAAACCAAUCCCUUCGCUUCCGUUCAAGCCGCUCAUAGGAAAUACGGGUCCCCUGCUGUUUAAGCGAGUCUCGUUGCCCGAGUUCAUUAAACCACUGUACGACAAAUGUGCGGGCUCAAAAAUUCUUGGUUUCUUCGACACCAACAUUCCGAUGUACAUGCUGCGUGAUCCCGAAUUGAUUAAGCAGAUCGGAGUGAAAGAUUUCGACCACUUUACCGAUCACAGACCGGUAUUUGGUAAGAACCAUGCCGAAGACUCGGACGCUUUGUUCCCGAAAACCCUAUUUUCUUUGACCGACCACAAGUGGAGAAGCAUGCGAGCGACAAUCAGCCCGGCCUUCACCGGGUCCAAGAUGCGUCAGAUGUUCGAUUUGGUUCUAGAAUGCUGUGAAAGUAUGGUGCAAUUUUAUCAGAAUGAGAUUGGCACUCAGAUGGGGCGAGAAUAUGAGAUGAAGGAUGUGUUUUCCAGAUUCACGAACGAUGUGAUUGCAACCUCUGCUUUCGGGCUUAGGGUUGAUUCCUCGAAAAACCGCGACAACGAGUUCUACGCGCAAGGAAAGAAAAUGAUGCGGUUUAAUCGCCUAUCGGUUGCACUACGAAUUGUUGCAUGUCGGCUUAUGCCGACAGUGGUCCGUCCGUUUGGAUUGGACAUAAUCGAUCAAGAGCAGCGGAAUUAUUUUUCAUCACUUAUAAGGGACGCUGUAAAACAACGAGAAACGCAGGGUAUCGUUCGUCCGGACAUGAUUAAUCUGCUGAUGCAGGCCAGAAAAGGAUUACUUCAACAUCAGAAGGAAUCCGAACAAAAUGAAGGAUUUGCAACGGUUGAAGAAUCAGAAGUGGGAAAAGCACGUAUCUCGAAACAAAUGACUGAAAUUGAAAUGAUAGCUCAAUGCUUCAUCUUUUUCCUAGCUGGGUUCGAUACGGUGUCAACCUGUCUAACCUUCCUGAUGUAUGAACUUACGGUGAAUCGAGCUGUUCAAGACAAACUGUACGGGGAAAUCAUGGAAACACACCAAUCGUUGAACGGAAAAUCUUUGAGCUAUGACGCGGUGCAAAAGAUGAAGUACAUGGAUAUGGUAGUGUCCGAGGCACUUCGAAUGUGGCCUCCAAUAGCCGCAAUAGAUCGACUGUGCGUUCGGGACUACGAAUUGGUAGAUGCUGAUGGAUUGAGGUUUACUAUCAAAAAUGGUGCUGGAAUUUGGCUUCCUAUCUAUGGUUUGCACCACGAUCCGAAGUACUAUCCAUCGCCGGAGAAGUUCAUACCGGAACGGUUCAGCGAUGAGAACAAGUCAAACGUCAAUCUUGGUGCCUAUUUGCCGUUCGGAAUUGGACCACGGAACUGUAUCGGAUCGAGAUUUGCUCUGAUGGAAGUGAAAGCAAUAGUGUACUAUAUGUUGAAGAAUUUUACGUUCGAAAGAACUGCUAACACGGAGGUGCCAUUGUCGCUUAAGAAAGGAUCCGGAACGAUUGCCGACAAGGGUGUGUUCGUUGAAUUUAGACCACGGCUUCCUAGUGCUAGUGGUGUUCUGAACGUUGACUAGAAUGAGAAGAAAAUGAAUUGGAGCUUCUGUUUUAGGGGAUAUACGGAAGUAAAAUAUUUGCAGAAUUCAGAAACAACUUCUAGUGAUAUUUACUAAAAUGUUAUUAUAUACAACGGAUUUAAAGAUAUUCUGUAUAUGGUUAAGAGAUAUUUCAGCAGAGAAGUUGGUGAUUUCUGAGAAAUAAAUUAAAGUUCCAUUGAAGCGAAGAUAUUAACAAUAGUGGCAAAUCGCCAUUGUUAUCAUUUUACUAUAAUAUUACAAAGGGACAA